GGCGCGCGCGCUGGCCUGGAGACCGACUUGGAGGCCCAUCUGGAGGCCGAGCUGGCCCGGCAGGCAUUGCGCGGGCAACAUGGCGGCGCCCGGCGAGCGGGGCCGCUUCGGUGGCGGGAGUCUCUUCUCCUUCCUGCCCGGCGGCGCGCGCUCGGAGGUGAUGGACGAUCUGGUGACGGACGCGCGCGGCCGGGGCGCGGGGCGGAGAGAUGCGGCCGCCUCGGCCCCGACCCCACCUCCGGCGCCGGCCUCCGAUCCUCAGGUCGCCGAGGACACCUCCCGGAGGCGGCCCUGCCGGGCCUGCGUGGACUUCAAGACGUGGAUGCGGACGCAGCAGAAGCGGGACAGCAAUUUUAGGGAAGACUGUCCUCAGGAUCGCGAGGAACUGGGCCGGCACAGCUGGGCUGUCCUCCACACCCUGGCUGCCUACUACCCUGAUUUGCCCACCCCAGAACAGCAGCAAGACAUGGCCCAGUUCAUACAUUUAUUUUCCAAGUUUUAUCCGUGUGAGGAGUGUGCUGAAGAUAUAAGGAAGAGGAUAUGCAGGAACCAGCCAGACACUCGCACUAGGGCCCGCUUCAGCCAGUGGCUGUGCCGCCUGCACAACGAGGUGAACCGCAAGCUGGGCAAGCCCGACUUCGACUGCUCCCAGGUGGACGAGCGCUGGCGCGAUGGCUGGAAGGACGGCUCCUGCGACUAGGUGGUGGCCAGCAGAGCUGUGGGACAGCAGCCUGGGCCUCCGGGCAGCCUGGCCAGAGGGGGUCAGGGCACUCAUUAAAGUGCGUCAGAGCCAGA